GCCGCCCCCUGACGGCCACUGUUGUCACACACAUACGGAGAUCCUCCAGUCGUCGUCAUCGUCAAUGAAACACUGUGCUAGUGUUUGUGUGUGUACGUGUGUCUGUCGGUCUGUCUGUGUUUACAACAACACUCCGUGUCUCGGAGACAACACAGUCUUGAUUUUGUGAACAACAGAACUGCAGCCCUGUAUACUAAGCCAGAGAACGAUCUCUUCAUCAUGAAUUGCGACAUAGAUGGGGACAUGGAGAACCAAGUUGAGAUGGAGGAGAAGACAAGGCUAAUAAAUCAGGUGUUGGAACUUCAGCAUACUCUGGAAGACCUGUCAGCACGGGUGGAUGCAGUCAAAGAGGAAAACUUGAAGUUGAAGUCAGAAAACCAGGUACUUGGUCAGUACAUCGAGAACCUCAUGUCUGCGUCCAGCGUGUUUCAGACUACAGACACCAAAAGCAAACGCAAAUGAGACGCGCCGAAGAGAUGUCAUGGACGGGGGCAAAUAAUCUCCCACAUCUGGGCCCAAGUUUAAAACGCUUUUGUCACCGGUUCAGUUUGCUCUGACAGGGAUGAUUCACUUUUGUCAUCUGGCACUUGUUUCAGGUUGCAGCAAAAUUAUUGGCAGAUGUGACGUCUUAAUUGGCGUGUGCAAAGUAUACAUGUAAAAAUACCUAUGUAGGUAACCUUUAAAUGGGUACAAAUUCAAAUGUCUGCAGCUCACUGCAGAGCUUUAUAAACAGAUUUCAAUAAACAUUCAUUCAUACAUGGGAAAAUAAUUAAGCUACACAAAGUGUUUUGCCAGAUCAUGACAAGUCUGCCAAUGUAGUCAGUUGAAGGGUCAAAAGUCACUUUACAUUGAGAUCAUUGGUCAUAACCUUGCGCUGUCAUUACUAAACUGAUUUUCUGUGAUACCAACUUCCUGUCUCAGCUUUCCAACAACCUAACAUGUACGUGGAGCAAAACAUGCUAUGACUUUUAAUCUAUCAUUUUUUUGUUAUUGUCAUCAUGACCAAACAUUGCAUGACUGUUUGGUUUUUGUCACUGCCAAGCAAAACGAUAUUACUGUAAUAAAUGUGUUAGAAUGGCAUGUACACUUUGUCACCCCGCCUGGGCCCCCCACCAUUUUGUUGUUUAAGGAUACCUAUAAUGAAGUAUUGACUUGUUUCAUCAGCCAUGAUACGACUCUUUGAUGAAGGUUGUUUAGUAAAAUUGAUCUGGAUGAGGUAAGACGGGAAGCUCAAGAUGUGAGCAGAGAACAGAUGCUUUCUAUUUAAAAGCAGAUAAGUGCAUUUGAGUGUUAUUGAUCUACUGUGGGAGAAACCAGGCCUGAAAAUGUCCUCCACAUUGAACUGCAAAAUGAAGGGCACGCCCUUUUCAAAAUGGUAUAAAUGGCAGAUAAAUGUAUUUCUCAUGAAUUGUUCGAUUGGAAUAGUAAUCUCUCAACAGUAUGUGGAAAUGCUGCUCUUCAGAAAAGGGAAAAGUUGUAAUUUAUUUUGAUAUAUUAAGUUGUAUUAAAGUAUUUUAGAGUACAGUACACACUCCAGGAUCCAUCUUGUGUGAAAAGAUACCCGGCACUGUUACUUUGAAACAUUGUUUUUAAUAAAAGCUUAAGAUGUUCGCUCUGGAUUUGUGUUCUCUUCAACCCGCACAUCACACCUGAGACAAAUAAUUCCAUAUUAAAUACUGAAUUAUUUCAUUUACAAGAGUAACAGGAGCAAUGUUGUGUUUUGCAAACAAAUGUAAAGAGUAAUAUGGUAUUUGCAAUAUCUAGCUAGAACUCUAUAAAAGCUCUGAGGUGGCCAAAAAUAAAAUGUUCCAAGGCUAAUGAGUCAGAACCUACAUAGUGCAGAUAUUUUGCUUUCAAUUGUUGCUAAGAACUACACACAUCACACUGCUGUUAACAGAGGUCUUCUCUACAGUGGGCCCUUGAAGUUGAUAGUCCACAAUUAUCUUUUUUUAAUACAAAGACAAAAAGUACUGUAAAUGCUCAGAAGAAAUAAGUGAAGCCUUCAAGGCCACUCUUCUUCCAGUAACCUCUUGACACAGCAUUGUGUUGCCUUCAACUGGAAAUCUUAAAAGCAGAAAAACUCAAGGAAAUAUAUGGCGGAAAACACGGACAAGGCUGAAAAAGCAGUGUCUGCUCUUGCACCCUUCUUUAAAAUAAACUGUUGUAUUUUAAGCCAAAAGAACCGUGGUGUUUGAUAGAACAAUAUGUCUAUAUGCUGCCAUAGCAGCUUCAUGGUACAUUAAGCCCCCAAACUAUUUUUAAUGUCCGUUUUACCCUGGAGAUCCCCGUUUACAGACGUUGUGCAAAUGCUUUUGUUUCAACCCAGCCAUAAAUAGAAGUAAUUAUUAUUCGAAAUGUCUGUCAAAUGUUAGUCAAUUUUAGUCUGUAAAAAAAAAAAAAAACUUCAAAAAAGUAU